UAAAAAUUUACUGGGCAAAAUAAUCAUCGGCGAAUCAUGCAAAAAAGCAGAGACAUAAAGCGCACUGGAGUUUAUCGCGUGAGCGGAAACAUAGGAGAUCUGCAAUUGGAACUGAAGCUGCGACACAUCAGUGAAUGGCUGCCGGUCCCCAAAUUUGAAUACGCGGGAGCGCAAUCGACGAACGCAUAUGGUGACCACUAUCCCGGAUCGGAGGAAGAUAUCUGGCAGGAUUGCUAUAUUCAUGUCCCCCAGGGCGAUGAUUCGUGUGGAGGGAAGACUGGCUUGGGCUACAACUGCAGUUAUUAUAAUGUGGGAAUUGGUUACACCGGCAGGAGACGAAGGAGUCCAAUAUCUCAGCAUGAGGGGGAAAUGGAAAAGGAUAAGAACGAGGGAGAAAUAACGGAUCUGGAGUCCCAAAGUAAUCGGUCGUGGAGCAUUCUCAGUGAUAAUAGUCGUCCUCCCGCUGGUGAUCUCUUCUAUAAACGGAAUAAGGAACUCUGCAAUGGUGCUAUAGCCACAAUACGCAUAUCCUGGCAGCAAAAGCACUUUAGUCAAGCGGAACUGGAGCAAUAUAUAAACAAUCCUGGAAGUUGCGCUUCGAAACUACAGCGGCGCUAUCACAGGUGGGCCUUGGAAACCUUGAAGCUACAACAGCGAUAUCUAAGGAAACUGGAGAAUCUGGAAGAUGCAGAGACGGUGGAGGAUCCUGAGCCUAUUACAAUUCGUCGCCGGAUACGAAAGCCCAAGGCGAAGCAGAGAGGCUGCUCUGCCGCAGCUCACCCGACUAUUACCAGUCUGUCCUCGGCGAAUAUGUCGGAGGUUUCAAUACUGGAUGACCCCAAUUUUGCCGCCAGAACGUGCCUCAUACACACCUUAUUGGAUAAUGAUUCCGAGAGUCUUAUGCCCGCCGAAGCAAGUGAAUUCCAUAAAAAGGGCUAUCAGCUAAUGUACAUCUAUGCCGAUCUGCAGCAGGACACACUGUUGGUUAGUAUACGAUAUGAUCCCGAACAGGGUCUGCUCUAUGUCUAUCCGGAUUUCAGUAGCAGUGCCCAGGAUCUGGAUUAUGUGAUUCAGAUCGAGCGGAAUAACGAUUGCCGACAGUUGUAUGCCUUUGGCUUUGAGAAUGUCACACCGCUAGAGGCCUACGACGAUGAUGGUUUCUCUGAGGAGGCGGAUGGCGAGGAUGAGCAGGAACUGGGCGAUGGUUUACCCAUCGAAGAAGAUCUGCCCGAAGAAGCCUCCGCCGAGGAGAUACUCGAGUUUUAUCGCAGACGGCGAGAAGCAGCCAGCGAGAGGAGAAGUCUCCUCCAGUUCGAAAUGCCGCCCAAGAGGAUGAAGCGGGUCAGCCUGCUGCUGGAACUACAGGAAGGCCAGAACUUUGAGAACCCCAACAUACAUGUAAGAUACUAUCUGAAAGCACCAGCAAAUACCUUUUAUGAGGGUACACCUGGGGUGGAUACCAUGCAGGGAGCGACGGCCACGUGCAGGAAUGCCGGCGACUGGAGGAGUGCCCAUUUGGGUCACUGCUGGCAGGUGACCCUGCUGCUGGAGGAACAACAUCAUCCGGCUGAUCUACUGCAUCUAUAUUUUGAAGUGAUCAGCAUAGAUAGCUGGCAGCGGGAGCGAUGUGAGGGAUAUGCUCACUAUGCGAUACCGUUAACAUCCGCCCUGCCAACGGACUCCAUACGGCUGCAGUGCAUCCGACCACUGGGCAACUGGCUGGAUGCCCUCAAUCGGUAUUUCAUAGGCGGUCGUCAGCUGUUCGACUUUGAGUCCUUCUUCGAUGUACAUCGGCAAUCGGAAAUGCAUUCCCGUUUGAACUUCAACUCUGACAGGCCAAUGACCACCACGGGAACACUUUCGCUCCGGCUUCAAAAGCUUCAGCAGCGCCAAAUAGACACAUCUGAUCAGUUCCAUCACCACUUCCAUCUGGAACUCGGCAACGAUAGUAGCGACGAUGGCGAUAGCAAUGAUGACGAUGUCAGAUCCAGUUCAAAUCCGGAUACUUCGAGGGCCACCACUCUGGACGAAGUAAUGGCCGCCUUUGUGGAGGCCAGGAAACGGAUCGAGCUGCUCCUGGGAAAUAGUUCAGAAACAGCCUCACCAUCAUCUGCAUACUACCAGGCUGAGUUUUAAGCCCUUCAAUGAGUACAAUAAUAUGAUGACAAAUAAUUUUUUUUUAUAUAAACUAUAAUAUUUGUAU